AUGCUUUCUCAAGAGGAUUUUUAUCACACAAAUUACAGCAAGUCGUUUCGGCAUGAGGCUAAAAGGAAUUCCAGAGACAAGCGCUUUGAGAAUCGCUACAAGUUAAAGAUGCACCUCAAUACCCACACGGGGGCUCGGCCCUUUACGUGCGAUGUGUGCGGGAAAGGCUUCAUGCGACGGACCACCCUCAACGGACAUCGAAGCAUUCACGACGCCUCUCAGUUCUCGUGUCCCACCUGCAACCGCACCUUCAAACGCUCGUCCGAAAGGCUUAUUCACAUUUUACUGAAGGUGUGUCUGCGGAAGCAAAGAAUCCUUCGUCGGACAGCCGCUGGCUGGUUCUGUGAUGUCUGCGACAAGAGCGUUCCCCUGCCGCAGGAACACAAGUGUCCUGUCAAAGGUCGACGCCGUCAGUGUCCUGUCUGCGGAAUGGAUUUCGGCGGGCAGCGCGACCACAAGAUGUUGACUCACGUCCGCCACGAUCACCCAGAUUUUCUCGUUUCAUUGUAA